UGAUUUUUACAUAAAGACAAGUGCAUUGAUGCUGGGCUUUUCAGUGGCACUCAGUGAUGAUAAUAAAUCAUUUUUCAAAAUGCCCGGCUCAUCGUUUCAAGUCUGUAAACUUGUUUCGGAUAAUUAUACGUAGCUAAAUUAUUGAAUGAUUCAAAAUUCCUUGCUCACUGUUCUCAUGGAUGUAUUCAAUCCUCUGCAAGAUAUAGAGAAUGCUCAUAAUGUUGAAGAUGAGGUGAAAAUUCUUCAAAAAUUUUGCAAUUCCUUGAGUCCGAUGCAGAUGUGUCUAGGAGAUCAAGAUUUGGAUACUCAAUGGUUGACAAAUAGCCCAACUACUGGAGCAAAUUCAAAUCCCUUUCCUCGUGUGAAACCACAAGAAGUUUUCAUCGAUCAACAAGACUUGAACAGGUUCACGUUUUAUCUGUUUGAAAGACGCUAUGGUUGGUCAGAGCAACCUAUUCACGGAGACACGAAUUCAACGAAACUUGCUUGUCAACAUUCAAAAAUGGGACGAUCUUCCUCUUUGGGUAUUCAAAGCAAAUUCAAAGGAAGAAUUAACGAAUUGCUUGAUGAUGUAGUGAAAUGGUAUGCUUGCCAAACAUAUCUUUCCGAGAAAUUGCUUAAAAGCUUGACCAAUGCUCUUUCAAAAGCAUCCAACUAUCCUGUUGUUCGCAACCAAACAUUGAUUCACAUUCUUGACUGGUUGAAAGUAGUUGCAGUAGAAGGGUUUGAGUCAAGCAUAUUUGACCUUGUGAAAAAUGUGGUUGUGACUGGGCUUACCGAUGUGUGGUCAGCCAUUAGAAUUGCUUGUGCAUCUCGACUUUCCAGAAUCAUUGAAUGCUUUAACAUUCCGCAGCUUGAUUGUGUAUUUAUUGAAUUAGAGCAGAUAUGUAAAAGUAAAACUUCAUCUUGGCAGGCCAAAGAGGGUGCCAUUAUGGGUAUGACGACAAUUAUAAAAGGUUUUCAUGUUGACAAUCAAUCUUUAAUGAAUUCUGAUGUGUCGUCGUCUUCAAAAUGUCAAAUGUAUAUUAAGUUUGGCAGCAAGCGUUUACCAAGACUUCCAGAGUUCAUUGUCAACUCUCUAUAUACAGUUGUAUUUUCUUUACUUUCUCAUCCUCAGUUGAGCAUCAGGGAACACGCUUCGAAAGCGUUUAUUUCAAUAUUGUCUCGCUCGGAAGCUCAGUACAUGCAGAAAUCGUUUCGGCAAGUUAUCAUUCAUCUUUGCAAAGGCACUGGUAUCGAUAUGAAAAUGCAAUCAUACGAAAAAUUGCCUCAUCACGCUGCAUUACGGGAUGACUUUACAUUUCUUGAUGCGUACGAAGCUCAAGGCCUUUUGGAAGUCAGUGUGUUUUUGAUUAAGCGUAUUCCUGUACAACUUUUAAUGGAGCGUUGGUUACUUUAUUUCUCAACUUUUAAUCUCUAUCUCAUGCAUCCUGCGUCGACAGUCAGGCAAGCCAGCAGUAUCGUCUUCAAACAUCUUGUGAUGAAAGAUACGGAUGCACCGGAGACUUUUAAGCUUGUUUUAAGAUGCCUUUGUGAACAUUGGGAGACAUCAACUGCCACUGACGCCGAGGACAAAAGACAUCCUAAAAAAAACCUUCGAAGAGACGUUGUUUAUUUCAAAUACGUAAAUGGAGAAGAAUUCCUGCCUCGAUCAUCAUCAAAAUAUCAACGACCAAGCAUCCUGUCCGUCGGCAAAAUGAUGAAAGAGGACAACGAAAUGUGUUUUAACAGCACUCUAGCUUCCACUUGGGAGUGGAGAGAAGGCCGUUUGUUUGCCUAUGAACUAAUCUUGAAAUAUCUUAUCGCUAAUCAUAUACACUACAUGUUUCCAUCUUAUGCGUUAUCGUAUUCACCUCGAAAUGCAUCAAUGUCGAUGGAUGAAGCAAUGUUGAAAAGAUCUCGACUCACUAAACAUUGGUCAAUACCUAGUUAUACGGGACGAGAUUCUUCAUGUUCAUUACCCUCCACUAGCUCUGUCAAUGAAGUAUUGGAAGAAGAUCCGAAAAUAUCCGGUCGUUCUAGUGCGCCUGGUACCCGUAAAGAAGAGGUUGAGACAUACUCGAACAGCAGUUACCGUAAACGCACUACAUCGUUUAACAAGACGUCGCCCCUCCGUCUUUUCCGACAGUCUACAGUCGGCAAAUUGCCUCCAAAGAAGAUACGAACCGUCAACAAAGCUCAUGAUAACUCUUACUUCGCUGACACAAUGAUAAACAAGGCAAAGCUGAUGGAUGUUUCACAAUCUAAAAGUGUGAAAAGCCCGAGCCUUUCCUCUCCCAGAGACCUACACGGAAGACUAGCGAAAGCUGUAGCGAAUCAACGACUGCUUAAAUCAAACUUGUUUUAUGAAAUAUUUACCAAGAUAUUUAUGCAGACCAUUGAAUGUCUUGAGGAUAGUCGAUGGGAACUUCGGCGAAUGAGCCAACAGAUAUUACCUUUGAUAACGGAGACAAUUCGAUGGUUUGAUAUUUCCAUACUUGUUGAUUUCUGGUCACAGUAUUUGUCACGUGACACCCCUUUGUACUUCUUCGCUGGUUGCAUUGCAUUGAAAUAUUCCAUCGCGCAUGCGGGAAAAUUACGCCAGUUCAUGGAUCAGCCGCCGUCCACGUGGAAGGAUGUUGAAUGCUGCCGUCGUUCGGCCAUGACUGUUUUUUGUUCUGUGAACAAUGGUCUUCAGGCGUGGUUACCAAAGAUUUUGAGCUCCUUGCGUAACGUCGUUAUUUACGACAGAAUAACAAUCAGUUCGCUUGAGGUUGUUCUUGCGAGACAAGUAUUCUUACCCCUUGACGUACACUUGAAAGAGAAAAACCUAACCGAUGCCGUUGUGUGUGACGUGAUUGUGGCGUUGUUUUUGCAUGCACAUCCCGACAGUCUUUGCGCACCGGCGAUGCGCACCUAUAACGAGAACUGGGACCGAAGACUUGUAUUUUCUUCGGAUGAAUUUUCAUGCUUUUCUUCAAAAGGGCUCACUUACUCGGAGAGAGCCAGACAGGUCGAGCGUUUUCUCUUCGUUGAAUUGCAUGGUUUCAUCACCAACUUCGUUGAAAACUGCGGACAAAUCUCUCAGAUUUUGUUGCUACCAGUUCUUGUUCAUUCUGUUCAUUCAUUUUGUGACGACGCGGCUGUUUCUCAAUCUCUUAUCCUGAGCAUUAACAAAAUUAUUCGAGGACUUCCUGAUGACAAACGAGAUUGUAACGUGGACGCCAUCAAGUUUUUUGACCUGGCUAUUUGGGAAUUAAGUUUCUUGAUAUUGCAAAGAAGCAUUGAUCAAACAGUGUUGAAACAAAUUCUUCAAGCAUUUCUAACAAUGUUUAAGUGCGUCGAGAAGCCUGUUUAUUUGAAAAAUAUUUUUCAAGCCAUCAGUAUUAGACUGAACUACGAGCCUGGUCUUUGUCGUUUCUUGGAUGAAGAAUGCUCGAAAGAUAGUAAUGGUCAAUUGUUGUCAGAAUUACAGCUGUUAUCCAAUGAUAUCCCCACAAGUCCUAUUUCAGAAUCAUCUCUUCUCGAAAACGACAGUGACGAGGAUUUAGCGGGGGAUGAAACCUGUAGCCGCAUGAUCCAAGAAUCAGUCGCCCUUGAUCGCUUGCAAGAUUCUUUGGCCAAUGGCAGUGCUGAUGGUUGUCCAUUCGGUCACGAGGAGACCGCUGACGAUUCGUAUGAAGCAUUUUCUGACUGGGAUAGUAGUGAAGAGUUGAUAGAAGACAGUGCGAGCGACGCCAUUCGCGAAUUUGUUAAAAAACUAUGGAUGGUGUUCUCUGAGAAUGAAGGAACAAGUUUCUUUAUGCAAGAGUUGAAAAACUGUGGAGAUAACGAAGAAUCUUUGAUUCGAAGCAUUUUAGAUUUAGAAUAUGAUGACACGUGAUGAAGUCUAAAGUAACCGACGCAUGCGCAAAUGGAAACUUUCUUUUCACCUAUGGAAACAUGAAUAGGAAUGAAGAAUUUUCUUUUAACAGCCUGGCCACAGGCCUGGCGCAGUGGCUGGCUGGCAUGAUUGAACUAAACAUAAACUGGAAUGCUACCUUUAAGAUAAACAUUCCUGUACAUGCUUGCAGCCAACGUAAUGAUGGUAAAAUCUCGUAGAUGAAAUUUCUUUGGACCGUGCGUGGAAAGAUUGUGACUUGUUCAAUUGCUGGCCUUUCAAAUUUUUACGGGAGUUACCCAUCCAUUUACAUUCAGUUCAGUGACUGGCAACAGGGUUAGCGCCGAGCUGACCUGCCCCAUACAACUUCAUUAAUUAUAAUUGGAAAAUAUGAAGUAUACGUUACAAACUUACCUCUGACGAAUUUUUGUCUUGAAAACAAUAAAAUUGAGUGCUCCUACGGCAGUAUGAAUUGACUUUGUUUUAAUUACCGUAAAUGCUCGCUUUUGCGCCGCUCCCUCUUAAGCGCCGCUCUCUGUUAAGCGCCGCAGCUCAGAUAUUGAUGUAGUAUAAUUUUGGUAAUUAAAGGAUACAUUGGUUUUUUGUUGCGCACCUAAAUAUGACGUUAUUUUCAUUAAGUUAUAUUGUAUUGUAUCUAUUGUAUGAAAUAAAUAGAUUUUGUCUAA